UCGCUUCCGGGUUUUGCCUACAAAAACACGUCAUCCCUAAGGUACUCUAUGGCUCUCUAUGAGAGGGCGCUGCAGUUCCAUUUUUCACCACAGAUUUACAUUGGAAAUUUUUGGGGCGCUGUAGAGCUAGGGUGGGCUCUGAGACCGGCUUCCCUGCUUAGUAUCAUGAAUACAUGCCUGCCGAAUCCAUGCGCUACAUUUUAAUAGCCUAUAUCCUGCUCACUUUACAACUUAAAAUAGUCUACAAAAUCCAAAAUAUAUUUGUUGCAGAAUGCUGAACACAUUUAUAAUUUAUUAUUAAUUCAGUGUAUACAGUGGUCUAGCCACGAUCGGCUAAUCUUUUCACUCUUUUUCAUAUUAAUGAGUAAUUGUGAAUUGUGGGAGUUUAGCUUUAUUCUUUGUUAUGCUGCGUUUCAAUGUCUAAUUUCUAAACCUCGUCUUAGAAUUCUGAUUGCAAAUUCUUACUCUUGCAUGCUCUAUCUCUACGUCUACAAGCAAAUAUAGACAGGCAAAUAUAGGCAAAUAAUAAUAUUAAAAUCUUAAUGGUUAUAGACAGGCCAUACAAGAUAUGAUAGAAAACUAAUAAGUAAUAUAUGAUUUAUAUAGGCUUUUUGGUAUUUGUCAGGGGCACCAUAAUUCCCCGGGGCCCUAAGCGGCUGCUUACCUCGCUUAUUGGUUAAGUCCGCCCCUGCCUACUUAACCAUAUCAUGGGGAUAAUUUAUAACAGGAAGUAGGCCAAAUCUGAGAAAAUCUCCCAUUGAGGAGAAGAAUCAUGACAUCCAAGAAUGUCCCCUAUUGUAGAAACAAUGAAGGAAAUCUAAGAAUGCAUAAUAUUUUCUCUGAGGUGAUGGUUAGAUAUUUAUAAUUAAAUGUGUGUGUGUGUGUGUGUGUGUGUGUGUGUGUGUGUGUGUGUGUGUGUGUGUGUGUGUGUGUGUGUGUGUGUGUGUGUGUGUGUGUGUGUGUGUGUGUGUGUGUCAUUUGUGAAAGGUCAGCUGAAAUGUUUGAUAUAAAUUUAAAGUUUUCACCUUCUUAGGAUUUUGUUAGGAAAAUAUCUUGUGGAACUCAAGUCUGGAUUGGUCUGACCAACAGUCUCGUGGAGAACACAUGGAAAUGGGUUGAUGGCACUAAUGUGACUUCUGGUUUCAGGUUCUGGUGGUGUGGAGAACCAAAGGGAUAUAUAAAAGAGAGCUGUUCAAUCACUUAUUCAUUCGGAUGGGCUGUUUAUCACUGCACUAGCCUUUUUCAAUGGAUCUGUGAAAAUAAAAAAUAAAAUGAUAUGCAAUAUGGUUAUUUUGAACAUAAACAUGCAGGAUCACUUAAACAUCAGGAUUUUUUGAGUCAUUUUGACAUUUUCUCUAACUAUAUACUCUCUAUAAUGUAAAGUAAUUUUUAUUAUUACAGCUUUGAAGCGUUUAACUUGCAUGUUAAUCAUAUUUGUCAUUUUGCUCUCAUCCCUGUAACUCCUAUUUGAAUAAGUAAACAAAUAACAGUAUGAACAGAAGCAGCAGUGAGUUUACAGCUUCUGUGUUUUCUUCUGAUAACUGCGUUCACACAACAGCAGAAUACAGUUGUCAGUCCUGUUUUAGAGAGCUAAAUAUGGUUCUGUUCACACAGUCUGGAUAUGAAACCAAAGUGACUCCCUUUCAGGACUACAACUGAAUUUUGUGAGUAAAUUUAUUAAACAGGAAGAUUCUAACUUAGCAAGAAACAAGGAAGAAUGCCAUGUCAAUGAGAAGCAACUUGCCUUAGUAAUGUCAAGCAACCAGCAAAAAUGCUCUAAAAACCAGAUCGAAACCUUUAUCUUAAUUAGGUGUUCUUCAUCUUCCAAUUAAAGGAAUAUCCCUGAUUCAAAACUCAAAUACAAAUUCAACUGAAAAAAUUUGUGAAGUGUUGAUUACCACGAAAAUAACUAAAUAAAUUAAUAAUAAUAAAAAAUAGACUUUAUAUAUAAAGACACUGAGAAAUUCUGUGAUAAUAAAAGCAUUUAAAGUAACACAAUCCACAUUGUUGAAAUAAAUCUUUCCAGUAACCUUCGGUGGUCAGUUAAAGUUCCUUUUUUCAUGAACACUUGAAACAUUUCCAUAAAACAGUUCCUUUUGCAUAAAUGCUACACAAACACAGAUGAGGAACAAAACACAGUCCAUUCCAGGAGAGAAACUAGUACUAGUUUGUUGGCAUCUUGACGACACCGAACCUAUCUGAAAGUAUAAAUGAAAAUAUAGAAAAGGGAAAAACUAGGAAAAUGUACAGAGAAGAUGGAAAAAGCAUUGAUAAUAUAUAUGAAAAUUAUGAUGUUACAAGAGGUGAAUUUGGAAAAGAUAUCGCGGACCAUAAUGCAAUGAGAAUCCAGUCAUCUGAACUCACAGAAAGUGAUUCUGUGAAGAUCAGAAGCUCCAGAGCAGCUCCAGUGUGUUUGGUUCUGCUGUGUGUUCUUCUGCUGACUGCAGUCAUAGUGCUGGGUGUAAUGUUCUCUCAAGAGAGACAACAGUUCACAUCCAAGAAUGAAAACCUGACCAGUGAGAGAGACCAGCUAAUAUUCAAAAACAAAAAUCUCACCAAUAAGAGAGACCAGCUAAGAAAUGAACUUCAGAUUUGUGCUGGAUGGACUUUCUUUCAAACCAGUUUUUAUUAUAUGCCGAAUGAAACAAAGAACUGGAUUGAGAGCAGAAGAUACUGUACAGAGAGACGAGCAGAUCUGAUCAUCAUAAACAACAGAGAGGAACAAGAUUUUGUUAAGAACAUGUCUGGUGCUGCUCUAGUCUGGAUUGGCCUUACUGACAGUGAUGUGGAGGGCAGAUGGAAAUGGGCUGAUGGCACCAACAUGACCUCUGGGUUCUGGGCGCUUAGAGAGCCUAAUGGAGGUAGAGCAGAGAACUGUGUUGUGACUGUGUCUAAAUUGCCAGAGUGGCCUGGUUUAGUAGGGUGGAUUGAUGUUGCAUGUAAUUUACCUUUUCAAUGGAUCUGUGAGAAGAAUAUUUCACAACUCAUAAUGCCAUAGGAAC